UCUGUAAUAACUGAUAUGGAAAAUUACGUGGUGGAAAGUCAUAAAGAAAAUGAUUUCCUUUCACAAUCCUACUCUCAAAGCAUCGAAAGGAUUACGGGAACUGAAGACCGCAUCUUUAAUUUUAAAAUACCAAAAAAGCUUCUGAAAGUCAGGGAAAAAGCUUGGAUUAAUUUAUUUGGCAAAUAUUCUGAAGAAAUGUCUGACGAUAUAGAACUAAAUGUUGAUACUUUAGAACCUGAUGAAGAGGAAAUAGAAAAACAAGUUUGUGAAGAAGAAUACAGCGAACAGCGAAUACCUAUGCGCAAACCCGCAACCUUAGUACAGUAUUGGGUAAAUACUGGUCAUCAACCUUAUAAUGCGCUUCUAGACGAGAAUGAUUUGUCUGAAGCUGGAUCAUCUUUAAGCGAAAAAGAGAUCAUACUUUCAUUAUCGUCAGUUUCAACUAUAAUCAAUGAAGGCAAUAAGCAGAAAUAUAAGAAUGAGUCAUCCUGUAGUUCUGUAAACACUGCAGCUUACAUUUUAUCAAAUGCAAAUAUUACAAAUAAGGUAGAUACUAUAGCUAUUAGACAGAGUGCAAAAUGUGGCAAAAAUAUUAAUUCAAAGAAUAUUUGUAAUAAAGAUGUAAAAGAAAAAGUUACAUCUGAUAAUAAGAUUCAAUGUAUGCAAAAUGAAAAUGCAAAAGUCACUUGUGUGAUAGAUAAUGACAAUGUUAAUACUAAUAUUCCAGAUAUUGAAUUGUAUUCAGUGUCAAAAGAUGUAGCAUCAAAAAUAUGUGAUCAACCAGUCACUAACAAAGUGACAUCUGAUAACACAAUAGAGACUAAUAUGUAUUUGCAAAAUUAUAAACAAAUUGAUAAGAAUGUGUUAAAUACUAAUCAAAGAAGUUUAGACACCGAAAUUACAGAUGAUACUGUUUGGCAGUUUAAUAAAACAUCAAAACAAUUGACUGAAAAUGAUGAAGACAACGCUUCAAAUCAUCAAGACAAAACGUUAGGAAAAGAUAAUUCUUAUGAAGAGAAAGAGUCAGAAAAUAUUGCGCAAGAAGUUACUACAAAAGAUAAAAAUCUAAUACCUUUUUAUCGUAAGAAAUUGUAUACAGGUAGAAAUUCCCCUAUAGAUUUAAUACAAAUUGAAAGGCAUAGUAUAAGUAGACUAUCUGGGACAAAGCAAAUUUUACAUCCAGCUUUAGAUUCUGAUUGUACGAUGAAAAGAGAAACAUUUUUAGUUCACAAAGACAAAAGUAAAAAUUUGUCUCCUUUUGGCGACAUCAAUCUUGAGUCUAGAAAGACGAAAAGAAAAAGAAGAAAAUCUUCUAUUUCUUAUAAAAAUAUUGAUACUAGUAAUGAAUUAUCAAAUAGAAUUAUAAAUUUUACUAUUGACAGUUCUUGUAAAAUUUCAGAUCACAACAAUUCAGAUAAACAAGAUGAUAUUUUGUUUUCCGAGUGCAAUAAUGCAAAUAUUUUUGUAAGAAAUGAAACGUGCAAACAAGAUUCAGCUUCCCUUAAUAUGAAUCCAGUAGUUCUUUUGGAACGAAAUACAUCUUUUGAACAACAUAAAUCCAAACCUGCGGAGAAUAAUUAUAUCAUGGAACAAAGUAAGGUACAUAAUGAUAGAUAUUUAAACAAUAAUAAGUUAUAUACUUCCAAAGUCGAAAAUGUAGAAUUAGAAACAGUAGAUAGUGACGACAGUACCAUUAUUGUUUGCCAAUGUAAAACAAAUACGCAACAUUCUAGUUUGUUUUCAAGAGAUAGUGAUUGUUCAUUUAAUUUAAAAUUAAGUACUGAACAUGACUUUUCCGCUUCAAAUACAGAAGAGAAAGAUGAUAAACUGUCAAGUUUGAAUAAUACUGAUCUCAGUCAGAACAAAGAAUCAUAUACUACUACAUUAGAAGAAUUAUCUCCACAUUUAUCAAUAAACGAGGAUUAUACAAAUGCUAGAUUCGGAGAAAUUAAAAUUAUAGUGGAACGAUUAUCAUCAUCAACAAUAAAAUCACAAAUUUCAAAUAAAGAUGAUAUUGUUCAAGAGAAUGUAUUAAAUGAAUCUAAAACAUUCUCUUCUAAUUCAUAUGAAGUAAAUAAAAUAGAUAACGUGAAAUUUCGAGAAAUUAAAAUUAUGUUGGAACGAUUACCAGAAUCGGUAAACAAUAAUUCUACAAAUACAAUUAUGAACACAAAAAUUUUGGAUAAAAAUAACAUCCCGCAAAAAGAGAUAUUAAACAAACUUAAUACACAUUCUCCUAAUUCACAUAGAAUAAACAAGACAGAUGUAAAGCUUCGAGAAGUUAAAAUUGUAUUAGAUCGAUUACCUCCAAAUUUAUGUUUUAAUGAUACAAAUGUUUUCGUUCAUAAAAACAUAAUUUCGGAAAAUACAAACUUGCAUAAUAAACGAAAACGUCGAAUUAAAAAAAUGUCUAAAACUUCGUGUAAAAAUAUAGAGGCGUCUACUCGAACAGUUGAUAAAGUUGAUAGUGGUUAUUCACUUAGAAUGCACACCAAAUCUGUGAAAUAUAAUAGUCCAAGCAUAAGUGAUACAUCGGAUAUUGUUUCAGAACAUCAAGUUUUCGACAAGAUAAAGUUUCCAAAUCAAUAUGAAAAUGAUAAUAAAGCGAGACAGAGUGAUAGUAAAUAUUCAAUUUUAAAUUUCUUGUCAUCGGAUGAAGAUGAUUUUGUUCAGUUGAUACAACAUCCCAAGAAAAAAUUAAAAUUUUCAAUAAAUGAGAAGUUACUAAGUGAGACAAACAUCACUGAAAAUAAUUCGUGUAACAACGACCAAUAUCAUUGUAAUAGAAACUUAAGGACAAUAAUAUUUUCUUCAAAAAAGCCUAAAAAAACAAGAAAAGCUUUUGAAUCAAUCAAUGAUAGAAAAAGAUCAAGUGAGAUAAAAUCUUCCGAUAACACAACCACUUCCUUAAAGAUGAGUAAAAAUGGAAAAUUUUUGUUUACCCCAAAUAAGAAUGACAAUGAUAAUGAAUCUAAGAAUUUGGAUAAAAAAGAGGAAAGAGCUUCUUCUUUAAAUUAUAAUAUAAACAAUAGUAAUGACAGACAUUCAAAUGCAACAGUGAAAAAAAACAGGAGAGAUUAUAAGGAUGAUACUCAUGGCAUAUUCUUCCAAACAAAAGGAUUUUAUUCAGACUCCUCAGAUUGUGAAGAAGUUAAUAGUUAUACUACAUCUACUCGUAAGAUGUUUAAAAAUUCUUUUCAUCAUAAAUCACAAUAUCAUAAGCAUGCUAAUUUUAAAGCAUAUAGUAAUAGUUUUAUUGGAAAAAGAUAUAGUAGAAGACAUUCAAGCUCAACAUCAAAUUCUUCUUUUGAAGAGCAUAAUGUUGCCAAUCGAAUACACGAUAUAAAGAUUGGAUUAGAAUCAAUCAGCAAAAAAACAAGAAGCAAACGAUUGCAUAAUGAGAAAUUUAAUGACACUAUUAAUUCAACAAUUAAUAAUACAGAAAAAAAUAUAUCUUCUUGUUUUAUAAAUGAUACAUCAGUAAAAGAUACAGCCAUGCGAAAAAAAUUAUUUUCAAGCAUUUCUCUUGAAAAAAAUACUUCUAACAAUUUAUCAAAAAAUAAACAAAUUUCUGACAAAUCUAAGAAUUCAGCAGAUAUUCAACAAGACGAUGUUAAAUCAACAAAAUUCUUAAUAUUUCAAACUAAAACUUAUUAUGACUCUGAUUCGAACGAAUCUUUAUAGUAUUUUUCAGAAAAUAUAUGUAAUAUA